AUGGAAGACUUUGAGGUCACAGGUAUCCCAUCUGAAAAUAUUGAUUCAAUUGAUUCAAUUGCCCAUUAUGCUCUUUUGUCAGGUUGUGAUCCAAUUUCAUUCGAAGAAGCUGUCAAAGACUCAAAGUGGAAACAUGCAAUGAAUGAAGAAAUUGAGUCAAUAGAGAAAAAUAAUACGUGGGAGUUGGUCAAACUUCCAAAAGAGCAUAAAUUCAUUGGUGUUAAAUGGGUUUAUAAGACAAAGUUGAACAAAGACGGUGGAGUUGAUAAGUAUAAGGCGCGGCUUCUUGCAUUGGGAUACAACAAGAAUUUGUCAGCAUUCUUGCAAGGACAAUUGGAAGAAGAAGUUUAUGUCGACCAACCACUUGGAUAUGUGAAGCAAGGUAGUGAAGAUCAGGUAUAUAAGUUAAAUAAAGCACUAUAUGGACUGAAACAAGCACCAAGAUCUUGGUACAGUCGUGUAGCUGCUUAUUUCCUUAAAAAUAGUUUUAUCAAAUAUCCAUAUGAACACACUCUUUACAUUAAAUAUGGUCUGAACAAGAAAAUUUUGAUUGUGUGUUUAUAUGUUGAUGAUCUCAUUUGUACUAGCAAUGAUAAAACUCUGCUUGAUGAAUUUAAGUUGUCUAUGAUGAAAGAAUUUGAUAUGACAGAUUUGGUGAUGCACUAUUUUCUUGGCAUUGAAGUUGUGCAAUUAUCUAUUGGCAUAUUCAUUUCUCAAAAGAAAUAUGCUUCAAAAAUCUUAGACAGGUUCAAAAUGAAGGAGUGUAAUCCAGUCACCACCCCAAGUGAAGUUAGUCUGAAACUUUCAAAGAAUGGUGUAGGAAAGAAAGUAAACACCACAAUGUACAAGCAAAUAAUUGGAAGUUUGAUGUAUUUGACAGCUACAAGACCAGAUAUUAUGCAUGCUGUCAAUUUAGUAAACAGAUAUAUGGAGAAUCCAAUCGAAGUUCACCUCUUAGCUGCAAAAAGAAUUUUACGGUAUUUAAAAGGUACUGUAGAUUUUGGAAUUCUGUACAAAAGUGGUGAAAAAUCAAGUUUAAUUGGGUUUUCAGAUAGUGAUUAUGCUGGAAAUCCUGAUUAUAGAAAGAGCACAUCCGGAGCAGUAUUUAUGUUGAAUUCAGGAGCUAUUACAUGGUCAUCUAAGAAGCAACAAAUUGUAACUCUGUCAACCACAGAAGCUGAGUUUGUUGCAGCAGCAUCAACUUCAUGUCAAGCAAUUUGGUUGAGAAGAUUGCUUGAAAUGUUAGACUAUCAACAACAUGGUCCUACUGUAAUUCACUUGUUAAUGAUGUUAAUGGGUAGUGGGUUAAUGGGUAAAGAACGUGAUGUCAUGUAG